UAUCCCAUACCUUGUAUCAUAUUACUUCAUUGUCCUUGUGUGCCAUUGAUGCCUUCGAUAACUAUGUCAAAAAAUGUAUGCGUGAUUGGUAGCGGUCCGUCAGGGCUCGUGGCGGCCCGGGAGCUGAGGAAGGAAGGCCACAAGGUGGUGGUGUUUGAGCAAAACCAUGAUGUUGGAGGGCAAUGGCUAUAUGACCCUAAAAUAGAGGAUGAGGAGCUUUUAGGAAGGGAUAAUUUCUUGAAGGUACAUAGUAGUAUAUAUGCAUCAUUGAGAUUGGUUUCACCAAGGGAAAUUAUGGGGUUCACUGAUUUUCCAUUUGGAAUGAAAAAGGGGAGGGAUACGAGAAGAUUCCCCGGCCAUAAGGAGCUUCUUUUGUACUUAAAAGAUUUUUCUGAAUGUUUUGGAUUAAGAGAAAUGAUAAGGUUUAAUACUAGGGUUGAGAAUGUGGAGAUGUUGAGUUUUCCUAAUUUCGGUAAGGAUUUGAAAUGGAUUGUGAAAAGUAAAGAGAAAAUGGCGGAGAAGGCGGUGGAGGAAGUUUAUGACGCAGUGGUUGUGGCCACCGGCCACUACUCUAAGCCUAGGUUGCCUAAAAUUAAAGGAAUGGAUGCAUGGAGAAGGAAGCAAAUACAUAGCCACAUUUACAGGGUCCCAGAACCAUUCAAAAAUGAGGUAGUAGUGGUUAUUGGAAGUUCAUUAAGUGGGCAGGACAUAUCAAUGGAGCUUGUAGAUGUGGCAAAAGAAAUUCACCUAAGUGCCAAAUCUCUUGAUAUUUCAGAGGGCCUAUCAAAAGUAAUCUCUAAAUAUGAUAACUUACACCUUCAUCCCCAGAUUGAUUCAUUGCAUGAAGAUGGAAGGGUUUUGUUCAUAGAUGGCUCAUGGCUGAUUGCAGACACCAUUAUAUACUGCACAGGGUACUCAUAUUCAUUUCCAUUUCUUGACACCAAAGGAAUUGUAGUAGUUGAUGAUGAUAGGGUGGGACCCCUUUAUGAACACACGUUUCCUCCAUCACUAGCUCCUUCUCUCUCCUUCAUUGGCAUCCCAAGAAAGCUUAUAGGAUUUCCUUUCUUUGAGUGCCAAGCAAAAUGGAUAUCUCAACUAUUGUCUGGGAAAAGAACAUUGCCAUCAUGGGAUGAAAUGAUGCAGUCUAUUGAGGAAUUUUAUCACUCAAGGGAUGUUGCUGGAAUUCCAAAGCACAAUACUCACGAUCUUGCAGAUUUUGAGUAUUGUGAUAAAUAUGCAGAUUAUAUUGGUUUUCCACAUUUAGAAGAAUGGAGGAAAGAACUCUGUCUAUCAGCCCUAAGAAGUUCUGAUGUCAACUUGGAAACUUAUCGUGAUUCAUAUGAAGACGAAGAGAUGCUUCAAGAGGCACAUAAAAGCCCUCACUUCACUCAGCUUGGGAACGAGGCUUUCACCCUGUGAAGGCACCCAUACCGACUUCCAGGCCGAUGCGAAUAGUUUAACUCAUCACUACUUCGUGACGGCGUUGAAAAUUGUUCUUCUUCCUAUGAACUUUUUUGGAAGUAUUUCGUUAGCCUUCGCAUAGUUUUAUGAAUCUUGCUCAGUAGGGAGUUAAAGAAAUCACCUGCGAAGGCUGAAUUUUUUUUUAAUUUUGAUCACAAAUUCCAUAUUUAUUAUAUACAUUAUUAUUAAUUGCAAAAAAAAUCAAGAAAAUCCUCUAAAUAUUGAGUCAAAGGAGAUGUAAUUCAAUCAGUCUGUGACUGAAAUAUUAGAUGUUCUUUCAAGAAUAAUGAUCAAACAGAUGACACUUUGCUUUUUUGGCAAUGUCGGAUUUGUGGACCA